GCAGGAUCCUGCCAAUCUGAGGAGGCGCAAAGGACGGCGACAGCAGCCUGCUAUGGUCAGAAGAGUGGAUGCUUUUGUGCAAAACCUGCGGACUUUCUGCCACAUAAAGUCAGAGAAUAAAAAAGGAUAUUUUUUGGAAACAUACAAUGGGGUUUUGGUUGUAUCGCAGACUGAUCAGGACUUCGGGCUCCUGAUGAGAAGAAGACUUUGAACACUCAUUUUCUUUUUUCUCUUUUCCUCCUUCUUUAUAAAAUGCCAGGAUUGUGCCCAUCAUACAUUGUUCAGUUCAAGCCAGGCUGCUCAUUUGGAAGGACGCCUGAUGUCCAGCGUCUCAAAUCUGCAAGUUCAGUCCAAUAAAUUGUGACAUUCUCUGUCAGCCUUGGAAUAAGAAAUCGAUACUCAAGAAAAAGAGGGACGCGAUAUUCUCCCGGAAUUUUAACGAUCCAUUUCCCUGCUAUCCUUUUAAAUAUGCGAUUUGGCUGGAUUAGGUUGGUUCGGUCCAGCUUCACGCUUUUAAAGCUGGAGCUGCGCUGAUAGUGACUGAUUAUUGCUGUUGUUUUUGUCCAUGCAAGACUCGGGGUGGAAACAUGUCUGGCCACUUCUCUGAGAGGAUCACUGCUAUCAGAGAUGGCAUUUUGGUCCAGCACUUCGGUUUUCACCUCUAAAGUGCCCCGGAAAAUCUUAUUCAUGUUCACCCUCUCCCUCUCUGUCACCUACUUGUUCUAUAGCUUGAUGAGCUGCUACAACUCGCUGCAGUUCCCUCUGCAAGAGAACUACGCGUAUCAGGGGAGGCUGGUGACGGAGGAGACAACUUUUGUGACAUUGAGGGAGAAACUUUACUCCACUUCCCAGGGCUUGAGCGAAUUCACCGAGACCGAGAGAACCACCGCGGUUUCCACGGCGAGGGAUCAUGCUGAGGCCGAGCAGAGGACAGUGGAGUGGAUUAGGAGUCAGGCGUCUCCAACUAAAUCUGCGGCGGCGUAUCAGACCACCGCGCUGGAGAGGGAGCACCAGGAACUCAGCACCACGGACAGCGAACUCAGGGUGAACUGCACCAUGGAUUACGGAGUGAAAAAACUUCCCCAAGCCAUCAUCAUCGGGGUGAAGAAAGGGGGGACCAGAGCCCUGCUGGAGGCGCUCAGGGUACACCCGGACGUCAGAGCCGUUGGGAAUGAGCCACAUUUCUUUGACAGGAACUACGAGAAAGGGCUGGACUGGUACCGGUGA